CGCGCCGACCGUCGUCACCCGGUCGAUCACCGCACCGCGCAGAGCGCAUCGCACGCGCGCCGCGUCGUUCGCCGCCGACCCGACCCGACCCCGAGUAGUCGCGGACGUCGCCGCGGGCAUCAUCAGAUCUCGCCGCCGAUCUGCGAGGAGAUCUCGCGCGCUCGGCACUAAGUUGUUCUUACUCGCGUCGCUCGCCGUCCGUCGCCAUACCCAAGCGAACACACAACGCCGCGAUGUCCUCCACCGUCACGAUCGGCGUGAAGUGGGGCAAGGAGUCGUACUCCGUCGACGUGGACACCUCCACGAUGAAAGGGCUGGACCUGAAGACGUCGCUCUUCUCGCUGACGGGCGUGCCCCCCGAUCGCAUCAAGCUCCUGGGCCUCAAGGGCGGCAAACCGCUGAGCGACGACGCGGACCUCGCGACGUGUGGGCUCGCGGAGCUCGCGGCGAAGAACAAGAAGCUGAUGAUGAUGGGCAGCACCGCGGAGGCGCCGAAAGCCCCGGAGGGGGGUGCGAUCGUCUUCGUGGAGGACCUCCCGGAGGAUGAGCGCGACGCGGCGACGACGGCGAACUUUUCCCCGGGGCUCGCCAACCUCGGCAACACGUGUUACAUGAACUCCACGAUCCAGUGCCUGUACGCGGUCCCGGAUCUGCGCGACGCGCUCGAGGCGCACUCGCGAGGAGGAGGCUCCGGAGACGGCGGCGGGAACGGCGAGGGUGGCGCUCUAAACGGCGGAAGGGCGCUCGUGGACGCGACGCGGGAUCUCUUCGGGGAGAUGACGCGAGCUAAGACCGCGGUGACCCCGUUUCGAUUCCUCGCGCUGCUGCGACAGCUGUUCCCGCAGUUCGCGCAGGUUGGCCAGGGCGGGGUGUACUCGCAGCAAGACGCGGAGGAGUGCUGGUCGCAGGUGCUUCAGACGCUCUGCCGCGAGGUCCCGGCGGUGGACGCGUUGUUCGGGUUUGAGUUGUCCAAGUCCCUGCGUUGCGAGGAAACCGGGGAGACGCGAGAGGAACGCGCGAGGGAGUAUUCGUUCAAGUGCAACAUCACGAUCAACGUGAACCACCUCUCGGACGGAUUUAAGGUCGCGCUCGCGGAGGAGCGAGAGCUGCGCUCGGAAGCGCUCGCGAGGGACGUGCUGUACAAGGGAGAGAGCAAGUUGGCGUCUCUGCCAAAGGUGCUCAACGUGCAGCUGGUGCGAUUCUUUUGGAAACAAAACACGGGGCCCGACGGCGGCGGGAACAAGGCGAAGAUCAUGCGCGCGGUGACGUUUCCGACGACGUUGGACGUGUACGAGUUCUGCGACGACGCGUGCAAGGCGGGGUUAGACCCCGCGAGGAAGGCGAAGAUCGACAAGGAGGAGAAGGAAGCCGCGGAGCGAUUGACGGCUGGACGCCCAGACGCGGAUGAAAAGAAGGACGAAGACGCCGCCGCCGCGGAGGGCGGCGCGGAGGAAGAGAAGAAGGACGCGGAGAUGACGGACGCGGAGGAAGAACCCGCUCCUCCCGCUGCGCCUCCCGCGCCCGCCGCGAAGGACCCGGCGCCGUGGGAACCCGCGGCUGGAACGCGCAUGACGGGGUUCUACGAGCUCGAAUCCGUGCUCACGCACAAAGGCCGGAGCGCGGACAGCGGGCACUACGUCGCGUGGGUGAAACAGAAAGAUGGGUCGUGGACCGAGUUCGACGACCACACGCCGAACGCGAAGACGACGGAUCAGAUCCUCGCGCUGAAGGGCGGCGGGGAUCACCACAUGGGCUACCUCCUCGUGUACAAGGCGUGCUACAUCUGAUUCUGAUUCUGAUUCCGAUGAGAGACUCGCGCGAAGCGACGACGACGACGACGACGACGACGCGGGGGACUGGGGGACGAGCGACCGCCACCGCGACCGCCCGCGCGAUGAAAUCACACGCAUUCCCUCGUCCGUCUACCCACAACCGCGCGGCGCGGCGCGGCGCGCGUCAAAUCGACCGACCGACCGACCGACCGCGAUCACUCGCCCCCGCCGCCGCCGUCGCCGUCGCC